AUGGAAUAUAUACCAAAAAUUGAAGAUAUAUAUCCAUUACUUAAUAAUGAUCAAAUCGAAAUAAUUGCUGCUCAAUUUCAUCAAAAUCUUAAUUGGGAAUAUGGAAAUAUGCCUAUGCCAUUAACUGAAGCUGAAGAAACAACACCAAAUCAACCUAUUUCUCGUGAAUCACAAAUAAGACCAGGAAUAUAUAAAGCUGGUCAUAAUUAUCGUCCUGGAGAAAUGCAUCCAUAUCGUAUUGAACAAUAUGGUGUUCAUUCUCAAUCGAAACAUCAUAUAUUUUUCAUUCGACAUGGAUUAUAUUUUUAUACAGAAGAUGAACCAAAUUCACAUUUACUUCGUUAUGGAAAAUAUCAAGCACGUAUGGCAGGUCAUAAAAUAAAUCAAACAAUAUAUGGAUUAAUAGAAAAAUUAGGUCCAUUAACACGACCAAUUAAAUUAGUAUCAAGUACACAAACACGUGCAUUUGAAACUCUAUACAAUAUUCGUUUACAACUUAGUAAUAAUUUUGAAUUUGAAACAGAACUUAUUCAAGAUUCUGGUCUUAGUGAAUGCGUUGACGCAACUAAACAACGUAAUCGUUGGCUUUAUUUUGUUCGUGAAUAUUUACAACCAAUUAAAUCACAACAACCUGAACAUAUAAUAACAAUUAUAGCUAGUCAUGGAAAUAUUUUAACAGCUUUUGAUCAUAUUAUUAAAAAUUUUAUUCAUAAAAAAAGACCUCCGUCAGGAUUUCCAACGUUUCCUCUUCCAUCAGGAACUGGAUUAGCACAUGGCGAUACAUUACAUUAUACUUCUAUUGGAGUUGAACCACUUCAAUUACAACAGAUUAUUCGUAUGAAUAAUAUUCCAAUAACUGUCAAUCAUGCACACUUAAGAAAAGAUUUUUAUUAUGAAUGGGCUAAUUUCCAUAAAUGUAGAUCAUAUCAUGGUCGUUCAAAUAUGAGAAAUUAUAUUCAAACAGCUCUUAUAGACACUAUAUUUGCUAAAGAUCAUUUUCAAAAUAAAAUGAAAAAUUUUGAAAAUAUUGUUUAUUUCGAAAUGAAACAUGAAUAUAUUACACAUAUAUUACCCAUGUUAAUGCAUACUUGUCGUACUUAUCUUUAUCGUCUACCUUUAAUUCAAGCAAAUACAGAUUUUGAAUCAUUUAAUCGUUUGAUGUCACCUAUACCUAUUCCAGCUACAGUAGAAGAACAAACUUCAACAUUAAAAAUACCAUUAUAUCAAUUUAGUGCAUAUGGUAUGCCAUUUCGAGUCGAUAAUAGUAUACAAAAAUUUCGAAAAAGUUCAACAAUAAAUCGACAAUAUGUUUCACCUGAUGCUGUUCAUCCAGAAUCACGUAUAUUGUUAUUUUUAAUUCGACAUGGUCUUAAUGUUAACACAGGUGAUGAAAAAACAUCAUAUUUAACUCGUCUUGGUAUUAAUCAGAUACGUGGUAUUAUGUCACAAAUACAUAAUACUAUUUAUUCAUAUCAACAAAGAUUAUCUGAACAAGGUCAUAUAUUUCCUGUGAAUAUAGUAGCUGAUCCAACAAUUCAAUCAGCUGAAUCAUGUUUUCAUGUACGAAGUCUUUUACUUAGUGUUAACUAUACGGUGUCAGAACAAGUUACUGAUCUUGGACUUCAAUAUAAUUAUUUUCAAAAAAAGAGUACAUCUGAUUUGAUUGAUUUUCAACGAGUACAAGUUCUUUAUAUGUUGCGUCAUUAUCUUGUACCUGAUCAAACUGAUUCAACACGUCCAUCAUUACAAGUUCAUAUUUUAUGUGGUGAUGGACGUUUAUUUACAGCAUUUCGUCAAGAAAUGGCAUUAAAUAAUCUUCUUAUUCAACCACAUCAAAGAUUUUCAACACUUACUGAUCCUUAUUAUAAUGCAUUAAAACAUGGAAAUGCAUUUUUUUUUGAAGCUAUUGGUCAUGAUCUAUUAAAACUUCAUGAUGCUUUAGAUUUAUUAGGAUCAAAAGGUAUUCCUGAUGAACAAAAAAUUGCAACAGAUCAAUCACUUCAAUUGACAGCACUUGAUUUACAAAAUUGGUUUCGAAGUCGAACUGGUCCUUGUACAUUAUCUUAUUUUCUUGCAAAUAAAGAAAGAUUAGCAUUAUCAGUUACCAAUACAGGUUCAUUUUAUCAAAAAUAUAUUGCUCAAUUAAUUAAAAAAGAAUGGCAUCCAUAUCUAGCUGGAUUGUUUAUUUAUUCAUGUCGUCUUCAACUAACAUUAACAAGCGGUUCAAAUCCAUGUGAACAAAAACCAACAACAGGAGCAGCAGCAGCAGCCGUAGUUGUUGCUCAAUGUAAAGAGCAAAAUACAGCUAGAGCAGGACCUUCUGGAGAUUCUACUUAG